ACUCAACUCUCCCACAAUUACAAACCAUCCUCUUUUGAAGAACUAGCAUACAUGGCUCUCGAAGCUCUGAAUACUCCUACCAUGGCUGCCCCUUUCAUCAACAAAUACGACGACAUCGACAUCGACACCUGGAAGAAAGGAAAACGUUCCAAACGCCAACGCAGCGACUCUCCUGCCGACGUUGAUGCUGAAAUCCAACCCACCGCCGAAGAAGAGUAUCUCGCUCUCUGUCUCAUCAUGCUCGCUCGCGGCCGCUCUGCCGCUGAUCAUGAUCCUCUUCAGCCUACGUCUUCAUCAUCACCGCCUCCGCCGCCGCCGACUUUGAAGUUGUCGUACAAGUGCAGCGUUUGCGACAAGGCUUUCAAUUCUCAUCAAGCUCUGGGUGGGCAUAAAGCCAGUCACCGCAAACCCUCCACCGAUGCGGCUGCUACCACUAACGUUGAUAAUCCAUCAACAACAACCACCACCAGCGGGACUAACGGUAGCGGUAGGUCUCAUGAGUGCUCCAUCUGCCACAAGAGUUUCCCUACAGGCCAAGCCUUGGGAGGCCACAAACGCUGCCACUACGAAGGUGGCACCACCAACAAUAACAAGACCGGUAGCGUUAGCGUCAGUGGGGUGACGUCAUCAGACGGCGGCGUGUUGAGCCAAAGCCAUCGUGUCCCCGACUUUGACUUCGACCUAAACUUACCCGCUUUACCGGAGUUCUGCGGGGAAAACAAAGAAGGAAGAUUCGGUCAAAUAUACGGAGAAGAAGAGGUUGAAAGUCCAUUGCCGACAAAGAAACCACGUUUCUCCAUUGCCGAAAAAAAUCAAAUUGAUUUAUCUUAAUUUAAUU